UGGCGUUAUUUGUGUGUGUGUGUUUUUUUUGUUUGUUUUUAAAUUAUUAUUGUUGGAGUUGAACCUGGCAGAUUUUUGGGGGCCAGCUGACCUGCGCUGGAGCGAUGAAGGGAGAGGCGGAAGUGAAGUCACUUGACAGACCGUCCAUGUUAUUAUUGUUAUUUUGCUAGCCCUGCGAUGAGACGGGCUGGGGAGCCGACACAGCCGCCCUUAUCGGCCCCGGACGGACGCUAGCCUCACCGGCGACCCGGAGGCAGGAGCCUCGCUGACGGCUGGCUGGGGGAGGAGGAGGGCGUGUGAGGUUCCCAGCUCCAGCUCAGGCUCCUACCCCCCACCUCACCCCUCCUCACCUCCCACCUCCCACAAAAAAUAAAUAAACAGCGACAAAAAAAAAAGCGACACAGACUUCCGUCAAACAGCUCUCCUGGUGUCUUAAUAAAGAGGGACGUGCGGCUGCAGACAUGAACGGUAUCACCAAGGGCCGGUUCGAGGUGUUCUCAAACAGUGAUGAAGCUCCCAUCAACAAAAAGCUCCCAAAAGAGCUCCUUCUUAGAAUAUUCUCCUAUCUAGAUGUGGUUACACUCUGUAGGUGUGCUCAAGUGUCUAAGGCGUGGAACGUCCUGGCUCUUGAUGGCAGUAACUGGCAGAAGAUUGACUUGUUCAACUUUCAGACAGACAUAGAGGGGCGGGUGGUGGAGAACAUUUCCAAGCGUUGUGGAGGCUUCUUGAGGCAGCUGAGCCUCAGGGGUUGUUUGAGCGUGGGAGAUGCCUCCAUGAAGACAUUUGCUCAGAACUGCAGAAACAUUGAAGUGUUGAAUCUGAACGGCUGCACCAAGAUAACAGACAGCACCUGCCUCAGUCUCAGCAAAUUUUGCUCUAAACUCAAACACUUGGAUCUGACUUCCUGCGUGUCCAUCAGCAACCACUCCCUCAAGGCCCUCAGUGAUGGCUGCCGAAUGCUGGAGACGUUGAACCUGUCAUGGUGUGACCAGAUCACACGUGAUGGCAUCGAAGCUUUGGCUCGAGGCUGCACUGGUUUACGAGCUCUGUUCCUCAGAGGCUGCACACAGCUGGAUGACGGAGCAUUGAAACACCUUCAGAAACACUGCCCAGAACUCACCACUCUCAAUAUGCAGUCUUGCACACAAAUAACAGAUGAAGGCUUGGUCAGUCUUUGUCGGGGCUGCCACAAGCUGCAGAUCCUCUGCAUGUCUGGCUGCAGUAACAUCACUGACGCCUCUCUCACUGCACUAGGACUCAACUGUCCCCGACUCAAGAUCCUUGAGGCGGCACGAUGCUCCCACGUUACAGAUGCUGGCUUCACUGUGUUGGCCAGGAAUUGCCAUGAGCUUGAAAAAAUGGACUUGGAAGAAUGUAUUUUGGUGACAGAUAACACUCUGGGUCAGCUGUCGAUCCACUGCCCGCGUUUGCAAGCCCUGUCCCUGUCCCACUGCGAGCUGAUUACAGAUGACGGUAUUAGAGCUUUGAGCAGCAGUACCUGUGGCCAAGAGCGCCUCACAGUGGUGGAAUUGGACAACUGCCCCCUGAUCACUGACGUCACUUUGGAACACCUGAAGAGCUGCCAUCGUCUGGAACGCAUUGAGCUCUACGACUGUCAGCAAGUCACCAGGGCUGGAAUCAAACGUAUCCGGGCCCACCUUCCAGAGAUCAAGGUCCACGCCUACUUUGCCCCGGUUACACCCCCACCAUCUGUGCAUGGAGGUGGCCAGCGUCUGUGCCGCUGCUGCAUCAUCCUCUGACAGUGGAGGGCCAGAGGAGGCCACCUCUGUCUACAGGUCCUGCUGCUCUGAAAAGGAAAGAGGGGUGGGGUUCUGGGAAAGGUCUUGAAGGGAGGAGGUGGGGCUGGACCCACUCGCUGCUCCUGAUCACUGAUCAAUUCAUGGACUGAUCAGCACUGAUCAGCUGAACCUGCCCCUCCUCUGUCCUUUCACUAACCAAUCAACACUGCAGCAGUAGAGGGGUGGGUGUAAAGAACAUGGAUGGAUCAACUCUCUCGUUUGCUUUUUUCCCCACUGUAUGGACAAAAACAAAACAGAAAAAAAAAACACCAAGUUCACUACUCCAUUGUGCUGCGUACACCUCCGUCUUCCCUCCUGUGGGAUUGACAGACUGCAUCCAGACAGCUGGAGAUGAGGUUCGAAGAGUGGAGAUGGAGUUAGAUGUUUGAAGUAAAAUGCUUCGUAUUCACACUAAAAAAUAAAUAAAUAAAUAAAUAAAUAAAUAGGAUUAAAACAAUGAUACUAUCAAGAUAAACGACAGUUUGCUGUCUGUGGAAUCUCAUCUCAACCAAUCACCUCUGUGACCAUCCUGUGAAUCAUUCUGCUUUAAACCAAUAAACACGCAGCAUGGAGGAAAAGCAGAGGCAGAUUGUGGCCAAUGCAGAUCUUCUGGAUGCAACAAUUCUGGAAUAUCCCCCUUUGGCGUGGCCAAUUCUGACACUGAGCGUGGAAAAGAGGAAAAACAAAUGUACAAAAAAGAAGGACCUGACAUAUUUGCAUCUGAGAAACUGUUAAAAUUUUGAUUCUGUUUGUACAGAGAAUGUU